AUGGAAUACCGCCUUCGGGCAACAAAGUUAUUUACUAAUGACAAAACUAAGGGUUCUCUUCUGGACAGGCAUGCCCUCCUUUGGGAUUCUGGCAAAUCAUGGGCAGUGUCCACGGUGAUGACUCGUCAGAACCACAUUCAGCUGACGGACUUUGAGACAACAGCCUUCAUACCAUUGUGGGACAUGUGCAACCACGAGCAAGGGAAGAUCAGUACGGACUUCAACAAAGAAAAGAACAGAGGUGAAUCUUAUGCAAAACGCGACUUUAAGCCCGGUGAACAAGUGUUCAUUUUCUAUGGCCCUCGCCCCAACGAGGACCUCUUCGUUCAUAAUGGUUUCGUUUACCCAAACAACGAUUAUGAUUAUCUAACUCUAACAAUGGGAGUGAGUUCAAGUGACCCGUUACGAGGAUUGAAAAUGUCGCUUUUAACAAAGCUGGGGUUAAAUUAUGUCACCCAAUACCGACUUUACAAAAAGGGGAAAAUUAUUAUGCCCGAAUUACUAGCAUUUAUACGGAUAUUCAAUAUGAAUAAGGAUGAAUUAGAAAAAUGGAGCCAAUCCGGUCUCCCUAGUGAUUUGGUGUCGUCAGAAGAAUCUAGCGCGAAGGAAGUGGGUCGUGAUAUCGAUGCACGCGCAUACAAGUAUUUAUUAACGCGAUGUAAUAUUUUGAUCUCAGCAUACAAAAAGUUCGAGGUGAAGGAUGCGGAAAGUCUAAAUAGAAAAAAUAUAAAGCUCCUAAAAGAAUGUGAAGUACAAAUACUAGAAGAUGCCAUCGAAUAUAUAAACACGAAAUUAGAACAAUUUAAACCUAUCGCAUAA